AUGGUCAACGGUCAACGCCCCGCGCCCAACGGUCAACGGUCAACGCCCCGCGCCCAACGGUCGCCAAGCUCCGCCCCCGCCCCACCCAAUGGUCAACGGUCAACGGUCAACGCCCCGCGCCCAACGGUCAACAGUCAACGCCCCGCGCCCAACGGUCGCCAAGCUCCGCCCCCGCCCCACCCAAUGGUCAACGGUCAACGGUCAACGCCCCGCGCCCAAUGGUCAAUGGUCAAUGCCCCGCGCCCAAUGGUCGCCAAGCCCCGCCUCCGCCCCCACCCAAUGGUCAACACCCGGCGCCCAACGGUCACCAAGCCCCGCCCCCACCCAAUCCCCAUGGCCCAGCAACCCCGCCCCUUCCCCCUGCCCAUGCUCCAGGCCCCGCCCCCUCACAGGGCGGACGGGCCCAUUUCACAGCAGGAAGAUCGAGGCGGGGGAGCACAACAUGAGCAGGCGGGCAGCGGGCGGGAAGCACUGACCUGGGGGUCUCCCCUAACCCAACCAGCUCUGCUUCCCCAGCAGCAGCCCAACUGGAGGGAGAUCGUCAACAGGAAGCUGAAGUUCCCGCAGGGGCUGCUGAGCGCCAUCCAGGACGGGAACCUGCCCGUGGUGCAGCAGCUGCUGCAGGUGGGCGAUGGCAUCCUGCGGCAGCUGGACGAGACCGAGGACCGGGCAUGGCGGGAAGCCCUCAACCUGGCCAUCCGUGCGGGCGGGGAGGAAGUGGCCAAAGCCUUGCUGCGCUACGUCAAAUUCGACUUCCGCCAGGUCCACGAGGCCCUGCUGGUGGCUGUGGACACCAACCAGCCCCACGCGGUCAAGCUGCUGCUGGACCGGCUGAACCAGGAGAAGGGACUCAAGAUGGACCUCAAGUCCUUCUCGCUGGCCUUCUUCGACAACACCAUCGACGCCUCCCGCUUCGCGCCCGGCGUGACGCCGCUCACCCUGGCCUGCGAGAAGGACCUCUACGAGAUCGUGGACAUGCUGACGCAGAAAGGCCACACCAUCUCCCACCCCCACCGCGUCUCCUGUCCCUGCCUGGAGUGCACCAACGCCCGCCAGUACGACCUGCUCAAGUUCUCCCUCUCCCGCAUCAACACCUAUAAGGGCCUCGCCAGCCACGCCUACCUCUCGGUUGCCAGCGAGGAUGCCAUGCUUGCUGCCUUCAAGCUCAGUCACGAGCUCAAGCGCCUCUCUUGCAAGGAGCCCGAGUUCAAGCCCGAGUACCUGCGCCUGGAGCAGCUGAGCCAGGAGUUCGCCUUCGAGCUGCUGGGGAUGUGCCGCAACCAGAGCGAGGUGGCGGCCGUGCUCAACGACCUGGGGGACAGCAGCGAGGAGGAGGAUCUGGGCAGCCAGGCCUUCGAGGAGGGCAUCCCCAACCUGGCCCGGCUCCGCCUGGCCGUCCAUUACGACCAGAAGAGGUUUGUCGCACACCCCAUCUGCCAGCAAGUGCUGUCAUCCAUCUGGUGCGGGAACCUGUCUGGCUGGCGUGGCAGCAACACCCUCUGGAAGCUCUUUGUCUCCUGCUCCAUCUUCCUUACCAUGCUCAUCCUGUGCCUGCUCUACUGGGUUGCUCCCAAGUCCCGGUUGGGCAAAAUGCUGAAGAUCCCAGUGAUCAAGUUCCUCCUGCACUCUGCCUCGUACCUCUGGUUCCUGGUCUUCCUGCUGCUGGAGUCCGUGGUGCUGGAGCGCAAGCACAAAGACUUCCUGGGCCGGAGCCAGACCUUGUGGGGCAACUCCUGGCACAUGAUCUGGGUGGCAGGCUUCUUCUGGUACGAGUGCAAGGAGGUGUGGAUCGAAGGGCUGCGCAGCUACCUGCUCGACUGGUGGAACUUCCUGGACAUCGUCACGCUCAGCAUGUACCUGGCCUCCUUCGUGCUGCGGGUGCUGGUCUCCGUGACGGGCCAGUACCACUGCUGGGACGCCCCCUCCUCGCCCAAGUGCUACUACUUCACCAAAGCCGGUGAGCUCCCAUACUGCUGCUGCUGGGGCUCCAGCCUCUCCCCCUGGGGGACAUGCCACCCCCCGCCCUGUCCAGCAGGCCCCCUGGUCUGGGACGGCAGCUGCCUCCAGUCACUUCACUCUUGCCAACACAGAGGCCAGCGAGUACAAGCCAGGACAGUGCUUCCUGUGCAAGAAGGGGGCUGAGACCCAGCAAACUCAUUCCCAGGGGCAGUGACUCUGAUGACUUCCAGCCAGGCCUGGGCUCACAUCUACAGACUCUCUAUCAUUACCCAGCCCCAUGGGGCACCCUGUUCCCUCGGUACUUCUGCCUCUUAUGGGGAGACCGAAGGACCCCAAAGUCCCCAUCUAUCCCACAUUCCUACAACCCGUGUUCAGAGAGAUUUUCUAGCACAGAUGACCUCUCAUCUCCCUCCCUCCCCUCUCAUGCCCCAGUGGGGUUCAUGGUCCCCCCAAAACACUCCCGACCAUCCUUUCCUGUAGGUUAUGUGGGAAAUCAGCCAAGAUAUCCUGGGCUCAGCCUGUUCCCUGCCCUGAGCCCCCAUUGCCAGGUUGUGUAGGCUGGUGAUGCGAUUGCAGGGACAUUUAUCAGUGAUGUGCAAUGAUCCUACUACAGCAAAAUGCUGAGAGCUUGCCCUACUGAGCCAGAGCAUUGCCCCUACCUGCCACGAGGCGUCAGGGCAAGCCCGUGUAUCCAGCCGUGAAUCUCCCCAGGAAUGCCCAGGAGCAGGAGAGGAUGCUGGCAGUGUGUUAAGACAAAUCUCAGCAAUCCUCAUCCUGGGGAUGAGCCUGAGAGAGCAGCUACUUCAGCGCUAAGCAGAGGGCAGCUGUGGUGCUGCAGUAACAGCAGUCGUGAUAAAAGCUCUUAGCUCUGCGGGAAAAGUGCAAGACGGGAAUGCAGGAGCAGCCCCCUUGGCCAGCGAGCCCAGCCCCUGCGUGCUGCCCCACGAGUUCCCCCCACACCCUCUCCCAAAUAACAGGGCAUGAAACCCAGAGCACCUGUAACAGCCCAGAGCUGAGCAUUGGGAUGGCCAGUGCUCUGGUGUUGCAGCCGCAGGGUCAGAUCCUGUCCCAGCUACCAACAAAGGCAACCCCCCGCCUUGCCAAAGACCCUUAUAAAGGUCAAAGGCUCUAGGCUUCACCUGGGUGUUGGAGACACCAUGGGGGAAGGAUGGAUGCCCAUCCUCACACCAUGGUUUAGCGAGAAGGGUGUUGAGCAGGCCCCUAUGCUGUAUUGCCAGAAUGGGAUCACUUCAAUAAAUACAGCAGAGCUGGGCAGAGCUCUGUGCUGUCCUGAGCCGGGGCUCCUCACCCCUCAGGUCUGAGCUUGGGAGCACGGAGCAGGAGUCUUGUGAGGAGCAAGGAGGGGCCAAGGCUAUGGCUACAGGGACAGCUGCCCCAGGUCCCCAGCCUGGGGGAGCUCUCCUGCCUGGCCUGCCCCUGGGUCAGGGCUCCAGGAAGCAUGGAGUGGGAGCAGAGGGCCAGGGCGUGCUUCCUAGCAGCCUCUAGAGCAGCAUGGAGCUGGCAUAGAUGGACGGGCUGCUGUAUCCCUGGCAGAUCAGGCUCUCCCCCCACGUGCCAGCCACCAGGUCACAGCGCUUGAAUGUCUGCAAGGGUGAAGGCCAGCAGCUGAGAGGCUAGAUGGGACCAUACUGAGCAUCCCUGGGGCCUCCCAAGACAGGGGAGAGCUUUUGGAGACAGCAGCCUGGGAAGGGGAGGAAGGAGUUGUGUCUCUGGUGCCACAGGAGCCAAACAAUAAAUGCUCAUCGCUUUUCCUGCCCUCUAAGGUUGGUGCCUGCAGCUGCCAGUCCCUCCAGCAGGCUGGUCCUGGCAAGGGCCCAGCACCCCCCAAACUUGGGGACCCAGGGGAAGCAGGGGGACUGGGUGGAGGCCUUAAGGAGAUGUGGCUACAUGAAUAUGAGCAGGAGGCGUGCAGCAGAAGAAGUGCUGGCUGCAGCAGUUGGAGAUCAGGGUUUCAAGCAGAGCAAGGAGCUGGCAGAGAAGAGCUCGGCUGUGAAUGGGGAAGGGGUCUCCACAGCCAAGGGAAGCCUCGGGCUGCUUGGGGACAAUAUCCAUCUGGAAACUCAGGCAGUCUUUCAUGGUGGAAACACUAACCCCAGCCAGUGAGCUGAGGUGCCCAGGAUAGGUUCAGCCACGGUGCCCAGCUGGCAGCCUUCAAGCCGCCUCCCCCUGCAGUCUGCAUAGCUGAUCAUGUUUCCCCCCUUAGCUGUGUAAGUGUCUUGGGAUACGUUACACUUAGAGCAUGUUAACUGCACUUACAAGGCAAGCUUCCAAGUAUUCAAGCAGUAAAAUGUGCUAUGGACUUUUCCGGCAAGGGGUGUCAGCGGAUGGUAUUACCUAACUCAUGUUGAACAGACGUCUGACAGCUCCACAGAGGUAAUAGAGUCACAGAAUCAUAGAAAACGAGGGUUGGAUGGGACCUCGGGAUUACAUCUAGUCCAACCCCCUGUUCAAAGCAGGACCAGCCCCAACUACAUCAUCCCACCCAAGGCUUUGUCUAGUCAGGUCUUCAAAACCUCCAAGGAUGGAGACUUCACCACCUCUCUGGGUAACUCGUUCCAGUGCUUCACCACCCUCCUCGUGAGAAAGUUUUUCCUAAUACCCAACCUCAACUUCCCUUGCUGCAGGUUGAGCCCAGUGCUCCCUGUCCUGUCAUCUUUCCCCACUGAGAACAGUGCAGCUCCAUCCUCUUUGCAACCCCCCUGCAGGGACUCGAAGGCUGCUAUUAAAUCCCCUCAGUCUUCUCUUCUGCAGACUCAAUCAGCCCAUUUCCCUCAACCUCUCCUCACCAGUCAUGUCCCCACAACCAUUUUCAUUGUCCUCUGCUGGACUCUCUCCAAAUUGUCCACAUCCUUUCUGUAGUUACUGUGCAGUUAGUACUUCAUUGAACACAUACUGAAGUAAAUGCACAGUAAUUCGGGCACAUAAAUGAACAAGGUGACACACCCUGCAUUAUUAAACUAUGGAAAUUGUGUACGAGAUACAGCUAUUCAGAAUAUCACAAGUACCAAUAGAAACGUUUUUAAAAAACCUGGAAAGGCUCUUAAGACCAUCAGACUUUAGGGUAUAACCCAAGCUCAUCUAAGUGGGGACUAAAGAGUAACCAUUUCCUUAGGAAGAAGCCACUCAUAACUGCACAGGUCCUGCCCUUUCCUCUGAAACCUCUAGCGAUCAUCACUGUUGGAUUAGAGCAGCGGUAUCGCAUUCACCUUGCCCCAGGGGUGCUGGAGUAGGUUGGAUCCAGUGUGGAGACACGUUAUCUGCCCUGCGGGGCUGCUCGCAGGGCCAGAAGUGUGGUGGUGG